AAGCAUGGAACGUCAUGUUUUAUGAUCGUGGACAACCCAAACAUGCUAACCAAGCAAACAUGCUGGUGAAAAGAAUUCUUAAUUAUUUACUUACUAAUGAUAGUUUUUAUCUAAUUUAAGUUUACAUAUGUAUCGUAACGAGAUGCAAUGUAUCCGCUGUGUGAUAAAUUCAGCAGUUUUUCCUCUGCUUUGUCGUUUAAAACGUGCUAAUAUAAAAGCAUGCUAACUAGCCUUAGAUGCCUGUACUGUAGUCGACCAUGUUGUCUGAAUUACUGCAAGGCAUUGAGACCGGAGGACUUCUGAUAAUACAAGACUCCUGUAGUUACUCAGGACGAGAUCUUCUGAGGAGCUUCAUCGCUGCUGCCUUAAACAGGGAGGAGGAGGUACAUGUCCUGUGUUUUGAUGUGAGUGAAGAUGAGCUGACGGAUGGACUGAAACCACCAUACACUCAGAGGUUGCACGUUCACAACGCCUAUCCGGACCCCCUCGGCUGGACGGACCACCCAGCCUUCGCGGUGCAGCAGUUCCGCGUGGAGGAUCUCACCGACCUGGUCAAACAGGCGUCCCAGCCGAAGCCGGCUACGCUCGUCAUCGACUCCCUGUCGUGGGUCCUGAGGCACGCGGCGCCGCCUGCUGUCUGCCGCACCCUCCAGCAACUCAGAAAAGGGGGCGCGGUGAGAGCCGUGGUGGCCCUGCUCCACGCAGAUAUGCAUCAGAGGGGCACCGUGGGAAGCGUCUGCCACUUGGCCUCUUCCCUCAUCGCCGUGGCCCCCGGACCGAAGGGAAACGAAGCGGUGGCAAAAAUAACAAAGCGCUCCAAGUCGGGGAAAGUAGCGCAAGAUGAGGAGACGUUCUGCAUCACGGAGGAUCUCACGGUGGCCGUUCUGAGCAGGCUUCCUGAAGCGAGGCCCAACGGCAGCGAGGAAGAGCAGGCGGACCCGACGGCUAACUUGACUUUCAACCUGCGGCUGUCUGAGUCAGAGUUAGAGGCCAAGCAGAAGCUCACGCUUCCUUUCGUCUUCAGCAAGGAGAAGAAAACGGCUCUGCUCCACCCGGGUCCAGGUUCUGGGCGAAUUCUGUACGAGCCCGACGCCAACGACGACUACGACCAGGAGGACCCGGACGACGACCUUGACGUCUAGUCCACGGCGGACCCGUUAAUAACGCUGAAGAUCGCUGCUUCAUCUUGAAGCUGAAACAGCGCAGCUGUGGACGAUGCCUCCUUUAUGUUGUCUUAUCGAGGUUUAAACAUGCUAAACCACACAACUUGUAAUGCUCUCCAGGACCUCUCUUUGUUCUUUAUAAAAUGUAAAAUUCUUAAUUUUACACUUUUUUUUUUGUUUGACUUUUUUCAGAUCAAUAAACGACAGAUUGAAUUUGUUAUCGUAGUUGUUGAAGCAUUUUAGUGAAGAGGAACUCGUGUUGUGGCUUAUAUUUACCUCUGGGGUAUCCAAAGUAAAACAGGUUGUGUUUUUCAAGUUUCUGAAAGGAAACUAAAUGAUUUGCUCUGAGUGAUAUUUAAAGUUUUUCUAAAUGUCACAUUGACGGGUUCCUUCUGUCAAAUCUCAAGGACCAGAGAUAAUCCGAGGAGAUUAAAAGAACCAUGGCUCUCAAACGUCGCAUUGCUGUCAGUCAUAUUAACA